AUGCAAUGCCAAUGCACACUGGAUGAAACGGAAAGCGGCGACCACGCAGGGAUCGAUCUGCGUCGACGCGUUGUCCACUCGCAGGCAAGAAGAAUGUCACGCCACAAUAGCGAUCGCAGCAACUCAAAACCUCAACGCGAUGAGCGACGUCAUGAUGAUCGGCGCAGGAGUGGUCGCGAUGAUGACGACAACAAUCGUAAUCGUCGUGAUCAUCAUCGCUCAAACAAUGGUGGAAGUCCGAGCAUGCAUCGCAACAUGUCGAUGGGCAUGGGCGGUGGACAGCGUGGUGCGGGCAGCUUCUCGGGCAUGGCAUUUACCGAGUCUGAACUGAUGGGUGAUCUGCCCAAAAAGAAGUUCACUGGUCGUUGUCGGCUUUUUGUCGGCAAUCUACCUAACGAGGUGAAAGAGGCUGAGCUCAAGGAGUUGUUCUCACCACACGGCGACAUCGCUGAAUGCUACCUGAGCGGCAAAGGAUUCGCAUUUCUAAGAAUGGAUACUCGUGCUCACGCAGAAAGUGCUAAGGAGGCGAUUGAUGGCCGUGUCAUCCACGGGCGUCAAGUCCGCGUGCGCUUUGCUGUGCACGGCGCAGCUUUACGCGUCAAAGAGCUUUCGCCAACCGUCUCAAACGAAAUGCUGUUCCAUGCGUUUUCACAUUUUGGUGACGUAGAGCGUGCCGUGCACAUAGUCGACGAGAAGGGUCGUCCCACUGGUGAAGGAAUUGUCGAAUUUGAACGCAAACCAUCAUGCAACGAAGCUAUGACAGCGAUUAAGGAAAAGGUCUUCUUGUUGACCGCGAGCCCUAAACCUCUCGUCGUCGAGCUCCUCGAGCCGAGAGAUGAAGACGAUGGACUUGCGGAAAGAAUGAUUCCUAGAACCUCUCAGCUUAUUAAGGAGCGUGAGCUUGGCCCUCGUUUUCCAUCUCAAAACACUUUCGAGUUUGUAUACGGUAUGAAGUGGAAGGAGUUAUACGCAAUGGAGAAACAGCGUAGAGCUCAGCUGGAAGAGGAAUUGAAGGAUGCACGUCGUCGCCUCGAAUCUGACAUGGAGUUAGCGUAUCAGGACUAUCAAGCGCAAAUGCUUCGUGAGGAUCUACAACGUCGGCAGCAGGAGCUUGAGCGGCUAGAGGCCGCUCGUCGUGAGCGAAUGAAUAUGAGGGCUGCGGCUGGUGGGCCAGGAGGACCACCUGGCGGUCCAAAUAUGGGCAUGGGUGCCCCAAUGCAGUUUGGUCAACCGGGACCAUUUGGACAACCGAUGUCAGGAGGACCUAUGGGAGGUCCUAUGGGAGGACCUCCAAUGGGUGGUCCACCUGUCGGAGGUCAGUACCAACCACAGCCGUAUCAGCAAGGAGCGCCUGGUCAGAUGCAAUCUCAUGGUGGACCAGGAGGUCCUAUCGGUACAGGCACUCCUGGUGGUCCUGGCCCUCAGAAUGGACCUGGAGCGCAAGGAGGGCAAAGACCAGCUACAAAUAACAUGCUGGAAGGAGUCCAGCGUCUCUUGCAAAUUUUCAAGAAUGAACCUGGACAACAACGUCCUUCAUCUGGCGGUCCCAAUUCAUUCGGAGGUGGACCUGGUCCUAUGGGUUACGUUGGAGGACCCGGAGACUACCCACCAGAAAAGAGGAUGCGCCGCUGAUAGAUCGGCUGUUUUUGUACCAUUGUUGAUCUGUUCAUUCGAGUAGUAUGGCUACGGCUUGUUUUUCUUUUCCUUUAUAUCAACCUGAUGUUGUUUUACGUCUGCAGUCUCUCCAUCCCUCAUAUUUGAUUGUGUAUUCACAACUCUAAGACAAAUCUGGGAUGCAUUGCAUCAAAACUUUUAUCUAAUUUUUGAUUUCGUCAAAUUGUGUAUUUUAUACAGCACUAACUAAUUAUCUAAGAUAAAGAAAAUGUAAG